AGAGCGCGCCAGAGUGCGCUGCGGGCUUCUUUCCCCUUCCCCUUUCCUUAACCCUUCCGGGAGCGGAGGAGCAGGGUGAUGCUGCAGCGCCGACGAGCCGAGCCGGGGCGCUGACUGCCCUGGGCUCCGGAAACUUUGCGCUGAGCGUGGGAUUGACUAGGCAGAGCCGAGCCGGCUAGCUGGCCUGGAAAGGGACGGGGGGAGGGCGGCUGGAGGGAGGUGCGACCCUUCAGCACCCCAGGUCUCAAGCCCAGGGGCUAGAGAGGCGGGGGUGCAGCAGCAGCAGCAGCAGCAGCAGCAGCAGCAGCAGCAGCAGCAGGAGCGGAGCUGUCCCUUCAGCACCACGGACCCAACGCCUGGGCGUUAGGGAGGCGGAGGCGGGGCAACAGGCGGGAGCUGUCCCUUCAGCACCGCGGACCUCUGCCCUCCGAUGAAACCGCCCGGCCCCCUCCCCAGGACUCUGUCUUUUCUCCAGUUUGAGCGGGGGUGUCAGGAGCAGGCGGAGAGCUUUCCUGGGAGGCUGGGGAAGCAAUGAACACUCUUCUCAGCGACUCGCCUCCCAGCAGUGCUAUUUUUUGCCAUCCGCCCUCACCCCCAGCACACGCGCUCGCACACACACGCACGCACGCACACACACACACACAUAGACCUCUCUGGAUUUCUUUGCCUUGAGUCUCCCGAGGCUGUGAGGAGCCAGGCGCAUCUCAAAUCCGAACUGGCAGCUCCAGGCUCUGGAGCCAUGCCCUGCACGGACCCUCAUCUUUACCAAGCUCCUGAGGAAUGAAAGGAACCCAGGGAUCCUCAGAAGGCAGCAGUGAUGUGGACCAACCCCCUGGAGCCUGCACCCUUCCAAGGGCCAUAGGCGACCCAGGGAACCGGAGAGAGCUCCAGACAGGAAAUCCCAGCUUUCCUAAAGUCUCUGUGGAUGCUGACAAAAGGAGACCCGAAUUUUUGGAAGAGCCUGCCCUAGGUUACCCAGCUGCAGAGUGAUUUUCCCCUCUGGCAUUGAACCUACCCCUCCAACCCCCAGCCAUCCAGAGUACCAUGAAGAAUUAUGAGGAUGUGUGACAGAGGUAUCCAGAUGUUGAUCACCACUGUGGGAGCCUUCGCAGCUUUUAGUUUAAUGACCAUUGCAGUGGGCACGGACUACUGGUUAUAUUCCAGAGGUGUGUGCAGGACUAAAUCUACAAGUGAUAAUGAAACCAGCAGGAAGAAUGAAGAAGUAAUGACCCAUUCGGGGCUGUGGAGGACCUGCUGCCUAGAAGGGGCUUUCCGAGGAGUGUGCAAGAAAAUCGAUCACUUCCCUGAAGACGCUGACUAUGAACAAGACACAGCAGAGUACCUCCUGCGGGCUGUGAGGGCCUCCAGUGUCUUCCCCAUCCUCAGCGUCACGCUGCUCUUCUUUGGGGGGCUCUGCGUGGCAGCCAGCGAGUUCCACCGAAGUAGACACAACGUCAUCCUCAGCGCGGGCAUCUUUUUCGUCUCUGCAGGGUUAAGCAACAUCAUCGGCAUCAUAGUUUAUAUAUCAGCCAAUGCUGGAGACCCUGGGCAGCGUGACUCCAAAAAAAGCUACUCCUAUGGCUGGUCCUUUUAUUUCGGGGCCUUCUCUUUCAUCAUCGCAGAAAUUGUGGGAGUCGUUGCCGUGCACAUCUAUAUAGAAAAACAUCAGCAGUUACGUGCCAAAUCCCACUCGGAGCUCCUGAAGAAAUCUACCUUUGCUCGCCUUCCACCCUACAGGUAUAGAUUCCGGAGGCGGUCAAGUUCCCGCUCCACGGAGCCCAGAUCCCGAGACCUGUCCCCCAUCAGCAAAGGCUUCCACACCAUCCCUUCCACUGACAUCUCCAUGUUCACCCUCUCCCGGGACCCCUCAAAGAUCACCAUGGGGACCCUCCUCAAUUCCGACCGGGACCACGCUUUUCUACAGUUCCACAAUUCCACGCCCAAAGAGUUCAAAGAGUCGCUGCAUAAUAAUCCAGCCAACAGGCGCACCACGCCCGUCUGAACUUGACCUCUGCCCUCUGGCCUCCACCCCAGCACAGCGUCGGGGGGCAGCGUACAGAGGCGGUUUUGAGGUUGCAUGGCAUGGUCUUCGUGAUGGUAUUACUUUUUACAAAGAAUGAAACCAAAUGGACUCAGCCCUCUCCCACACUCGGCCCCUGGCCCUCGGGUCCUAACCCCCCCACCCCUCCAUACCUCUCCGCCCCUGGUUCCUCCCCGACUUUUCAAGCCAACCCCACGAUGUCAUUUCUCUCUCUGUGUAUCUGUGCCAGAUGUUCUCCUCUCUUCCUUCUUUACUGGAAGGACCUGCACAUUCUUCCCUCCUUGGAAGAGGACUUUACUCAAAGUCACGGGUGGUGGCUGGGGGGGAUCCCCGAUUCCCCAGGCGCGUGCAAUUGUCCCCAUUGCCCACUCACAUAAAUCCUCGGGACACCAACCGCCCAGGUGGCCCUGAGGGAGGCAUUCACCUUUACGUGUUAGAAAAACAUGACCAGAAAUCAAAGAUGUCAGAGCCCCGAAGCAGCUAAUGUAAUAAGCACUCAUGUUAUUAAAGGUUUUGCCUUGUUGUAACCAA